GAGCUGAGGGGAAGGACAACAUGCGGUGUUUGUUGACCGUGUCUUUCUGAAGGGCCUUUGUAUGAGGGUUUUGAGGGACUCCUUGCAGUUCCCCUCUCUUUCCUACCCCUGGCUCUCGCCAGCUCUCCUAAUACUGUCUUGGAAGACGUCAAACUGCUGUGAUUACUGAGGGGAAGUGCAGUGACCCGUGACAUCUCCAGAAGCCACGUGUGCAAGAAGAGGCUUUGGGAAGCGUGUGGCAGAAGUCUCAGAAACGUGAGUGGUGUUUGGUGAACGCGCUCUGGUAGCAAGGAGCUCUGUGGGGUGAAGCUCUGUGAUCCUGAUGCCAGGGGCUCUGGUGAGUGCCAGUGCCGGGAUGUCCCUGGGGAAAGAAACCAGCAAAAGGCAGCAGUGCUGACACUGAUGGGAGGUUCCCUCCUCAAAGAGGAAGGCUCUUUCACCACAUACGACUUGCUCAUGAGGCUGCUUCCUUCCUCUGGUUGCAAUUCUUGCAAUCACGGAUGCCAGUGCUUGGAGGCAGCAAGUGGGGCUGAGGUCUGAGUUGUGCCCGGGGACUGGAUGCUAGCAUGGCCCUGCAGUUGCUGGCUCUGACCUUUCUCCUGGUCCUCGUCCCUCUGCUGGGAGCACAGGCACAAGAAGAUACUGGUCCCAAGACCCAAGGAGUACCCCGGGAAACAGAAAUGUGCCAAAAGCCCUCGUGGGACACAAGACUCCGUCUGGCACCAGACCAGGAGGAGUACAGGAGGAACGAAGAAGUGAUGCUGAGCUGCCCUGAGGGUUUACAUCCAUCUUUCACCAACAUCAAAUGUUCAAGAGAAGUCCAGUCCAUCAGCACUGGGAAACCUGUGUACAGAGAAGUUUGGAUGGGAAAGGGCACGGGAGGUGCCUGGACCCGCAUUCGCUCCAUGGUGGAGUGCGUGGAGGCCUUCCAGGUUGUGCCUGGGACUUUGGAGGCUUCCACCACCAGCAUCAAACUGAACUGGACCUGCAGUCUGCCUGAUGCCUGCCAGCGCAUGCAGGCCACGUGCAGGCUGGCAGGGCCUUCCUCCCCUCCCUGUGAGGCUGAGAAGGUCACGGGACAGGAGAUGCUGCACGGCCAAAAUGGAACAUUUACCUGCAACCACCUGCAGCCCUUCACUGACUACAGUGUCACCAUCUCAGUGCCCCCCAGCACGAUCCUAUUCACAUGGGUGAUCAGGACAGAAGAAACAGUGCCCGAGAAGCCGGAGCGGCUGUGGCUGGAUGCCAGCACGGGGACGCUGCGGUGGCAGGCGCUGCCCUCCUGCAAAGGGGAGAUCCUUGGAUACCAGCUGAACGUCACCGCCAGGGGCCCGCAGGACGGCGGCUUCCUCCAGGUCGAGCGGCUGAGGCUGAGCAGCUCCGUCACGGAGCACCCGCUGCCUGCGCACGGCCCUGGCACCAGCUACACGGUGGCCGUGCGGGGCCUCACGGCUGCCGGGGCCGGCGCAGCGUUGCUGGAGGAGUUUCAGACCAACAGCUCGGAGACCUCGGACCCUCCUGACGUCAGCUCCCGCCUUGUGCGCGACAUCUCCCCAUCCCAAGGCACGGCCGUGCUUCCCCUCCGCCCCAUCACCUGGGUCCCCGAGGCGGGCAGCGAGCACCAGCUCCUCGUGGCUGCGACGCACAACGGCACGGCGCUGGAAGGCGCCUGCUCGGGGGAGCUGCAGCCCUUCAACGCCAGCCGCCCACCCGACGCCUACGUGGCCGCCGUGCUCAACCUCACCGCCCCCACGGCCUUCGUGCUGGGCGACGGGACCCACGGGCACGGCUUCCACAACGCUCCCCUGCGCCCGGGCUGGGACUACACCGCCCUCCUCCGCCUCGUGCGGCGCUCCCAGCAGGAGGAGACGUUCACCUGCGUGUGCUACAGCUUCUCUGUGGUUGCAGGGCAGCCCCCUGGCUCAUGGACCGGGAUUGUGACCGGGGUGGUUGUGCUGUUGUUGCUGCUUCUCCUGUUUGCAGGCAUUGUGUGGUUCGUGCUGUCCAGGAGAAGGAAGGCUGUACCCAUCAAAGCUAAGGAGAACAAUUAAAAAGCCCCACCGUGGCCAGGCUGGAGAGCCGUCGUCCCAGCCCCUGCCUGUCCCAGAGUACUCGGCGAUGGUCACAGCAGUGGUGCAGAGAAGAUGGGGUGGUCGUCCCUGGAUCAGUGCUGUCAGCAGCUCGGCACCCGGCUCUCCUGUGACCAUCACCAGCACUGGGGGUCCCAUCCGGUUCAGCAGAGCAGGAGGAAAGCAGGAAGCCAGGGAGGGUCACCAGCUUUUUCUUCCCUGACCCCCUCCACUCCCCAGCUUUUGUUUACUGUUGAAAGGCCCGGCACUCUUUAAUGAGGCUUUCUGUAGUUCCUUUUUCUAGACUUUGAUUUUGCUUCCCUGGAAGCAGGAACUGGACGCAUUCUUUGACUCAGAGAGAAACUCAGGCUGAGCUCCUGCCAUGUCCCGGGUUCCCCACCCCUCUCCGCCUCCAUAUGCUGAAAUCCAGCCAAACCCAGGGCUCUGCUCGGGCUUGGUGUGACUGCACUGCCCUUGCCACUCUGCCUGCUCUGUCCAGACAACCAAUAAAUGUGGUUUGGAGUGGACUGCCUGCCCCACUACA